UGUAAACAUUGUUUCAAGGCGCUGAAACUGAAGUAUGUGGCUGAACGGCUCAGAGCGCAUGGGAGAAACGAGCUCCUGAAAUUGCGAAGGCGUGGCAUAUAAAGCUAGCCAGGGAGCUGAACAUUGCGAGCUCAAACACAUUUCCCUCGUCUUCAACACGAUCGCCUGUUUUACAAGAUGCGUCUCGAUACUUUCGAUUAUGUUUCACUGGUAGGAUGAUCAGCGUCGGCUUGGAUCUGACUGGCCAUGCAGCUGCACACAAGUGUCCUGAGGGCUUGAUGUGGGCGCCGGGGAAAAGGUGCCAACAGAUUCGAAAUUGCGAGUCCUAUGCGAUGGUGAGAAAUACGUCGGAUUUGACAGAAAGGGAGGAGACCUGGAAACAGUUGCGAGGGCAGAUAGCGCCCGACAACGACAAAUUGUUUGACUACAAACAACCAGACCACACGGAAGCAUACACGCACUCGUUCGGAUCGAAUGGAAAAAUCGAUGAGACCAGCAUCGUCUGGACUCCUGCAGUUUUCACUUGCUUGCGGGCUCGGACAGAGCAAACAUUGUUCGUGCGCUAUGAAAUCAACUCCCAACGAUUGUCCAAAACGCAAGGUGAUGGAACGCGUUUUCAGGGUUGGAUUCUUUGUAAUGGGCCUAACGCUAGCCACAAGGCUGUCCAUUGUUGUUCGCCUCUAUGAAUAUCAAUGCGCUCAGUGAAGUCAAAGAAGGUAUGCAG